UGUGUCGACGACCAUCGGAUGGACCCCGGAGAGCGCCGAUUCGCAUCAAGGUUAGACGAAUUUCAUAGUGAGUGUUGUGAACGUCCGUCUUCAGUCACCGCCGCGGCAGCCGUAGGCGCAACCCGCCCUCUUGAUAUAGCGGCGGGAGCUAGCACAGACAUGGGAAGUGAGCACUAUUGCCUGAGGUGGAACAAUCAUCAGAGCAACCUGCUGGGAGUGUUCAGCCAGUUGUUGCAUGACGAGAGCUUAGUGGACGUCACACUCGCCUGCUCCGAGGGUGCAUCUAUCCGGGCUCACAAGGUUGUACUUUCUGCGUGUUCAUCAUACUUUCGCUCGCUCUUCGUGGAUCACCCGUCGCGUCACCCAAUAGUGAUUCUCAAGGACGUCGGUUUGGACGAGCUCAGAACGCUCGUGGACUUCAUGUAUAAGGGCGAGGUCAACGUUCAAUAUUGUCAACUACCCGCUCUUCUCAAAACCGCUGAAAGCUUACAGGUAAAAGGAUUAGCUGAGAUGACUACGUUAAGUGCGGCUGGCGUUGACACCAGGAAUGUUUCAGAACCAAUGGAAGAGUGCCAAGCACAAAAUUCAAACGAAAUAUUGCCAACACAUGAAAGACUAGUGGAGAGAGAUCCUCGGGAUAAUAAAGAAGAUCGGCAAGACGCUAAAGAUUGUCGGGAAAGAGAAAAAAUUGUUAAACAAAAUGAGUCACGUGAUUCAAGAGAGUCACGAGAAAGGGAUAGGGAUUUGAGAGAGUCACGAGAAAGGGAUAGAGAUUUAAGAGAAACGCGAGAAAUUAUACGCGAGAGAGAAUCACGAGAUUAUAGAGAUCUACGUGACAACAGAGAUCCUCGAGAACUGAGAGAUAUGAGAGAAUUGCGAGAAACUCGUGAUUCCAGAGAGCCCGAGGCAUCUCCGCCACGAAUAUCUCCUUUACUUUCUGUCCGACGAUUACGAACGGAAUCAUCGAUAGAUGUGACGACGCCUACGCAUCCUCCCAUACCAAAAGAUGAACCCCCUGAUGAACCGAUUCGGCCCUUGUCACCAGAAGACGAUACUGUUUCUAUUCGGUCUAAUGGAGCUAGUGAUAACGUUGGUAUCAAUAUGACAAUAAACAGUCAUAGCAGCUUAGGCACUAGAUAUUCUCCUGUUGAACAAAGGCUGAGUGUGCUGAGCACCUUGCCUCACCCAGGGCUGACUCUCCAUCCCCACCCAUCUCUACCUAGUCCUAGAAAUGAACCAAUUGCGGGGCCGUCAGGGCUGCCACCAGUUCAACAAGUACCUUUGUCACUAAAAAAAGAAGCCGACUGGGACAGAAGUAUUGAAGAUAAAGUUGGAGAGUCUUCAUCAUCAGACUAUAGACUGCAGCAUGAAUCUAUGUGCUUGGAUAUUUGCGGUUCCCCUGGUAUUCCGAGUCCGAUUCCACCACGCAGUCCGACCGCGCUGCCGCUGUGGUCGCCACUCCUGGCUCUUCAAGCCUGUAGGUUGCGUAGGUACCUCAGCGAUGACUGCAUGGCUUACCAAAGCCGGCACCUAUUGCAUUCAGAGAGACGCCGGUGUGGAGUGUGCCUCGCAUCUUUCCCGUCCACUUGGCUGCUCGAGCGACACGCUGCCCUCCAACACGCAACACAAACUACGUGCGAAGACAAACCUUUCGUCUGCGAGCAAUGCGGACAAAGCUACCGGUACAGAUCCGCGUAUGUGAAACAUCGGGAGCAAAACCAUCGAGCAAGACUCCCGGCGGAUAAAUUGUUCACUUGUGACGUCUGCGGCAUGCAAUUCCGCUAUCUGAAAUCAUUCAAGAAACAUCGCCUCAAUCAUACCCUGGAGAGACUCCACACAAAGAACCCCGAACCACCUGAAAUCGUUGAACCGGUCUCUAGUACAAACGAAGUUCUUAUCGGGCAAUGUGGUGAAAUGGAUCUCUCUUUGAAAAAGAGGAAUAGGAACGAAUCUGCGCGAUCGCCACCGAUCGAAGUUAUCGACGGCGAACAGGAUAGCACUGUGGAUUCUAACGGACCUUCAGACUCCAUUGUCACGGUCGAUGACUCUACGGACUGUAGAAACUCGAGCGCUGAUAGUGAAACAAAAAGAGAAGAUGACGUCGUAUUGCCAGAAGAAAGAAAACGCAUCCCGGUGUCGUUUGCAAGCGUAAGUUCAAUGGCGGACAGCUCUGAAAGUGAAUCACGAGGUGAUAUCAGUAAGUUGGACAGCCCGAGCGCACACAGCGGGAUUCUGAACUUCUUGCAGAAUGACGACAGGCAAAGAGACAGGGAGCGUAGAUUUGCCUGUCCGUUCUGUGGCAAGUGUGUGAGGUCGAAGGAGAAUUUGAAGUUGCACGUGAGGAAGCACACAGGUGAACGCCCGUUUGUCUGCUUGUUUUGUGGAAGGGCGUUUGGAGGGAAGAGUGACCUGACACGCCAUUUGCGCAUCCACACGGGAGAACGUCCGUACCACUGUGAAGCGUGCGGGAAGUGCUUCGCUCGGGCGGAUUAUCUAUCGAAGCACCUCACCACACACGUUCACAACGCCCGCUGAACGUACCACCACCGUCCUUGUCAAACGUUUUCAUACCUCUAUAUUAAACGAUCGAUUCAUAUUGUUACAGCAAAUCGGAAUAUUUUUUAAAAAGUUUUAACUUAACUCUAAGCAGGUCUAAUUAGAUUUUACAUAACUGUUUUUGUUUCGGAGUGGUAUUUAUAGUUUAAUAGAUAAUUUUCGAUAUUUAUUCUAUACAAUUUAAUAUAUUAUGGGAUAUUUUAUGACGAUUGCUGCAAGCGAAAUAUUUGAAAUCCUUAGUUAGCGUCAGACUACAUACAUCGAAGUGACUGUUAGUUUUAUUCUGGUAUUUGUUUCGGUCCAUGUGUUAUAUGAUUCCUGUGUGUUAGAAUCAGCGAAAAGAUUUCAUCACUUAAGAUUUUGUGAGAAUUUUUUUGAUAACAAUCGGGCAACUAAUUCGAUUCCAAAAGAAGAGAAACCUAACAAUGUCUAAGAAAUAUACAAAAUUAAUUUGUACUUAAAUUUAUCGAUACGGGCGGGAUUCAAGACUUCCUAAAAUGCAAUGAUAAUGUAGAAUCAUUAGGUGUCGCCACAACUCCCUAACGGAUGAUGCGCCACUAGGAUGGUUGGCUUCCGUCGCUGGGGCGAAAUCCAAAGGUGCGAUUCCCGUAUUGUGCAUAAAUUUUGGUUUAAAUUAAAUUCGUAUGUUUAAUUCCAAAAGUGAGGAAUAACACUUAAAAAUAACACAUUAUGGUUUAAAAUCCUUAAGUAGGUUGAAAAAGUCAUUCCAUUGGUAAAAUAAAAAAAAAAAAUGUAGUCAUGACGGAUAGGUAAGUAGGAGAAUGCACAAGCUGUGAUUCGUACGAAUAAGACCAGUCAAACAAACUUAGGACAUCGAAAAAUGUUUUAUGUAAGUAAAAGAUUAAGAGAGUUUUGAUAUAAUUUAAUGGUAGGUUUUAGGAGUCUCUCUGUGCCAAAAUAUGUACCUCAUGUAAGUAAACAAUCAAGUAGCUAAAAUAAUUACAUUAUUGCUUAAAACACGGCUUAAUGAUACCACCAUAGUCCAUAUCCCACUUUCAGUGUUGUGGAUUUAAUAUUUGUUGAACGAAUUUGCAUAUAACUUAAAUAGUUACUGGACGUCGUUUUGAAAUCAUCGCCAGAUCAUUUAGAGCCGAGAUAUAAGGAACGCAAAAAGGUUUCAUUGCGAAGGAUGUCCGGUAUGUGACUAUUUAAGUUUAAAUAACAGUGUUAUAUCAUUGUUAAUUCAAGGCCAUCCCGUAUGUGACUAUUAAAGUAGAAAUAACAGUAUUAUAUCACUGUUAAUUCAAGGACAUCCCGUAUGUGACUGUUUAAGUUUAAAUAACAGUGUAAUAUCACUGUUAAUUCAAGGAUAUCCCGUAUGUGACAAUUAAAGUUUUAAUAACAGUGUUAUAACAUUGUUAAUUCAAGGACAUCCCGUAUGUUACUGUUUAAGUUUUAAUAACAGUGUUAUAACAUUGUUAAUUCAAGGACAUCCGGUAAGUGACUAUUUUAGAGUAAAUAACAGUGUUAUAAUAUUGUUCAUUCAACUCGAUUAACUCCACUUGUAUUUAUUCUUCACAGUGACCUUGUAGGGUCAAUGAAAGUGUGGAUUAUUGGAGGUUAGUCGCAGCCUUUGUCGUCGGAUCGACUCUUAAUGAUUAAAAUCGAGCACAAUUUCAGAGACGUCAACGACAAAGAAAUAACUUAUGUUCUUAACGUCGUUUAUACAGUUAUUAUCGGCGGCUUUGUCAAAGACAAUUAUAACGUAGUUGGUUACGUCACUUUGGAAUAUUAAAGCUUCUUGUACAUGAUACUGGAACCGUGUGCACACCGCAUUAAAUACAAUUUAAAUGCUAAAUCAAUGGUCAUAGAUCAGUAUAGCAUUGCCAACGAAACUAAAAUGAAGUCUGCUUAUAAUUUUAAUUAAAGUUGUCAAGAUGAACAAAAAACGAGUGUGCUUUAGAUCACGCGACUGAAGUAAAACAAAAUAUUAAUUUAUAAACAAGAACGAAAUAAAAUUACGAAAUAAUCAAGAAAUCACCGAUCGCGUAACGCUAGCGUUCGUAAAGCUCUCGUCACGCAUUCACCAGCUUAAUCCCCAAGUCAAGCAUGCGUAGAGAAGUUUUACUUCAAUAAGCAGGCACCCAUUUUAACUAUAUUUUUAUUUCUAGUAAGAUAUGUUUAUGAACACCAGCGCAAACGAUCGGUCCGGCACUUCUAAUGGUCCGGUACGUUGCCAGUGCGGCGAUUACGGUACGGUUCUGAUGUCGUGUACAAGAAUACUUAUUGUAACUGACCCGUUAACAUCUACCCUGGGUUCUAACUGUUUUAGUUUUAGCUCCACUUUUAUUUUUAAACGGUACUUUCAUUCCAUAGAUAGUCUUUAAAAGCGCUGUAAAUUUAUCCACAAGUGAGAUACAUUAUGAGGCCUAUACACGAAUACUUUCAAACAUAACUAUAUAAAGACUUAAACUACAAACUGCCAAUAUUGUGAUAAAGCUUGGGUAAGCACUUUUUUCUGGAAGUUAAAAGUAUAAUGAUACAAAAUGUAAUUUUUUUCUAAUUUAUGAAUUUUAGUACCUACCUACCUAGUAGAUUUAUAUUAAAUGCAUCCGAAGAUAAUAGUAAUUUCAGAAGUUUCUUUAUACAUACAAAGUAUUUUCUGGGAUAUUACAGCGCAUUUACAAUACCAAUAUAUAUAUAAUAAAAACAGUCAAUUAUUACUGAUUAUUGUUAUAACUUCCCGCAGGCUUAAUAUACUUCCAAUGGAAUUUUCUAGAAAUGAAACUGGAAGUAAUUAUGAUAUGCGAAAAAAAUACAGAAUUACGCUUUUUAACACGUCAAUUGUUGAGUCAGGUAUUAUGUAUCGUAAUGCCCGAGACGUUUAAGCAACCAAAGGCCAAAUCCAUUGGUUGUCUGGACUAAGGCUACCUAAUGUUUUAGCCAAUCCUAGCCUCUAAACUUCUAAAGCGAAUCUAGCUAAUGAUUGCCCGAGGCAACCCGAGCGUCAUGGGCAGAAUCAAGCAAAAGCUAAGCCAUUCGUUCUAAAACUGUAUAAAUAGCCACAUUCACGUUUCGUUAUAUUUAGAUGUCUAUUUACAGUUGAUAGCACCUUAUAGUGGAAAUACAGUAAGUUACGGCAAUAGGCAUGAUGAAAGAUUUUGGAUUACUUAUUUAAGUACAGCCUACAAGUUUCGAAAAAUAACGUUUUCACCAGAAUAUGAUCAGUUACGCAAAUUAAUGUAUUUUAAUGAAUCAUAACAUAACUAAAACGCUUGUAGGUGUCAUCAUAGACUAUGACGUCAUAGCUCAGAAAUCAAUGAAUACGCGUAAUAUAACAACUAAACAUUGAAGCGAUGAUUAUUAAGCCGUGAUGUCAUUUCUUUUCAACAUGGCCGGCUGCCGUAUUUUAUACUUUUUAGUGUUGAAUAUAAUGUUAAUCUCAUUAUUUAAAUCAAAACUGAGCCAUUUCUUAACAUCUUUUCAUUCUAUGUUUUUCUUAAAACCAUUUCUUUGAUUCUUUGAAACUUUCGUUAUGCGCAUUCUUUGUGCACGUCGUUAAUGGUUGAUUUUAACGUUAAAAGCUUUGUUGAUAUCGUGAUUCAUUUAGAAGUUAUUGAGUUAUUUUUUACGUCUAGGGUGGUCAUUAGCUGUUCGGUUUCGUAUACUAUUAAGUUCAUUAUGGUACAAUUCUAUAAUAAUAUUAUUUAUUGCGUAAAGAGAAACAUUUGCCAGAGGGAGAGUAGAAUGUUAAGUACAUAUAUUAGUAAAAUGAAACUGUAGCGUAAACGAGAAGCAAUACUCUGAAUUUUUAUUUUUACUAUCGGAAUACUCUAAUGAAAUGGGAAAAUAACAAAUAUAGAAUUUGUCAUAUUAUUUAUAAAUGACACGUUUAGAAUUAAUUAUAAAAGUUUUUAGGAGUUUAAUUUUAAAUUCUCGUAUUUUCUUCGAAAUUUAGACUUGGAAAUUGUGUAUAAUGUAGAUAUGUGUCCUAUGUCAAAUUCAAUAUGUUAAAAAUUAACUAUUCAAAAUUGAUGUUGGCUGAUUUAUAAUAUUGCCAGUCGUAGUUACUUGAUGUUGUGGUGUAAACUAGUGAUUUAUAACCUAUUUUAUCGAUAGUAAACCACUCAAAUAACCAUGGCAUCUUCGAGAAGAAAAUCGAAAAAGUUUUCGCCAUAACUCUUAAUUUGUAAUUCUUUUAGUAAACAGUUUGUUCAUGUUUUAUUUCCAGAUCUUAUAUCUUGUUUUUAUUUUUAUGUCUAAGAUUCGCGCACUGAUGACGUAUCGCCACGGGCACCAAGUCUUUGACAUCGAUUAUUACAUAGAAUAAAUUCAAUAUAUUAGUUUCAAUUACAUUUCUAGAUUUGUCCUCAAUAUAUUUUGAGUGGUUUAUUACUCAAAAAUUUAUUAUUAUUAUAAUUGAUGUGGUCUUUAUAUAAAAUUGUUCUUGUAAUGUGUCAGUAAUAUUUAAUUUUUUAAAUCAAAUUCUAAAAAUAUAUAAGCACAGCCAGUUUUGUAAAUAUGUGCUAACCAGGACAAAUGUGAUAAACUAGGAGUUAAGCAGUUUGUAAUUAUGAUUGAUUCUCUGCUAGUGGACUUGUUAUUUAUAAAGUUUAUUUUCAUUGGACCCUGCAACUGUUAUUUUAAACUGUUAAAAGAAAAAAGCAUUUGAAAAUAUACAUUUUACUUUGGUCUUUACACAUCAAACAAAUUUUAAUUAUAAUUUAAUAAUUUCAACUAAAUUAUUAAGUUUUGAAAGUAAAUUAUAAUAAUUUUUUAAAUAAUAAGUUCAUUAAAAGGUAAUAUGUCUCCAUUUGUACGUUCGGGCUUACAUUCUAAAUAGAUACUCUGCUGAACCAUUUUUUUUUAACUCUAGCAUUGGGAAAUAACCCGGCAUUCGGUUUAACGAAAGAUACACAAACCUCCGUCCAGAUAAAUGAUUAUACAUCAUUAAUUCUAAUCAAUUUGAGUUAAUCAAACUGUGCUAAAGUUAAUUUUAUCUUUAUAUCAAAAGGCCUAGCAAAUGUAUUUUUAAUUAUCUCACUUUUAAUUCGUAGUUCUUGUAACGUUUGUCCUGUAUACUAAGGCCAGCGAGACUAGGUAAAGAAUGUAAACAAACGGACUGUUACUGAGUUACAUUGGGAUAGCGAGCGAUAAUUAUCUCUGUCCCUAUCAUUCGUACGCAGUAAUGGCGUCAGUUGUGCGACGAUAGCUUUUGUUGCGUGUUUCGUGGUACAGGAAAACAGUCAGUACCACAGUUGUCAACAUUU